CAAACUAUUCUGGAUUGUCUUUCAGACUUUCAGUGUCAGUGCGUGAAUCUCUCUUUCUCUCUCUCUGAUGACCAGCCAUGAUCACCAUUCGAAAGAAGCUAGCUGAACAGGCUGCUCAGAGAGAAGAGAAGGAAGACAGAACUAGUGGAGGAAAAGAGCUAAAACGACGACAAUCUUUUCGGUCACAGAUACUGACUGCAGAGGCCAGUGAGUUAGGAGACGUCCUACCAAAAUCCUGUACUCUCAAAUUUGACAAUCCUGAUAAUCUUAGACAGUUUCAAAUUGUAAUAGAGCCGGAUGAAGGCUAUUGGAAGAAUGGACGUUUCACAUUUGAAGUGACUGUACCUCCCGAAUACAAUAUUAAACCACCUUCAGUGAUAUGUCUAACAAGACUAUGGCAUCCAAACAUUAAUGAAACAGGCGACGUGUGCUUAAGUAUUUUAAGAGAGACUUCCAUUGAUGGCACUGGUUGGUCACCAGCAAGAAGACUAAAGGAUGUGGUAUUAGGAUUGAACUCACUCUUUUCAGAUCUUCUCAACUUUGAUGAUCCACUUAACUUAGAAGCAGCAAAGCAUUAUCAGAAGGACAAAGUAUCUUUUGCAAGAAAAGUACAGCAGUUUGUCCAUCUUUAUGCAAACUAAGAAUGUCAUCGAUGAUGAUUAUUAUUAUAUCUCACAGAAUAACUUCUCAUUGUGUUUAUACAUUAUGUUCAUUUAUUAAUUUUAUUUGUGUUCUGUAAUGAGUCACAUGCAUUA